UUAGAUUCACAAAGGCCACAAUUUCGCGACGACUACAGAUACGAGAAAGUAUUUCAAGUAUUCUACAAACUCCAUACUGAAGCCGUGAAUUGGUACCAGGCUCGCAUACGUUGCGAGGCGGAGGGUUCUCAGCUAAUUGUACCGCAUUCCUUGGACGAAGCGGACAGUAUACCGCUCCUGAUAGCUCCGAUAUUGACGAAAUAUGAAGGCGUGUAUGUUGGAAUGCAUGAUUUGUACUCUGAACGAUCUUUCGUUACUGUAAAAGGUAGCGGUCUCCACGACACAAUUCUCGAUUUGCUAUGGGAACUGAAACAGCCAGUACACAGUGGAGGACGAUGUGUGGCGAUGCGACGAAAUGGCCGCCUCUUUGUGCAUCCUUGUUUCGAGAAACUUCCAUUCGCUUGCAAAAUUAAAGCUUCGGAUGUGACGUAUUAUCCGGAAUGUGACACGUUUGAUUCGCGCUGGGUACUAGGCCCCAACAACACGUGUUAUAUAACUCAUUUGGAACCGCAAACGUGGUACGAGGCAUAUUCCACUUGCCUAAGCGCAGGUGGUCACCUCACAAUUCUUGACACUAAAGAAGAGGCAGAGUACUUAAGAGACACAUUCAAGCAAUAUGACCAGCACAAAACACCAGGGGACUUUGCGUUUCUCGGCUUCAGUGAUAUCUUUCAACGGUAUCACUAUAGAACUGUUCUUGGCGAUCCAUUGAAAGAGAAAGCAGUUGACUGGGAUUUCAAGUGUCCAGGGAACUAUACCAAGUUGGAGGAAAGAUGCGGCGGCUAUCGUAGAAGUGGGCUUCUAUCAACCAACAGUUGCAUGAUGCCAUCUAUGUUCUUUUGCGAGAAACCGGCAAAUGGGACGUUUAGAAUAAAGAAACACGCGCGAAGUCCGCUCAGAAGUGGGUUUAGGAAUUUACGGAGAGUUUAGUCUGUGUUCAAACAAACUUAUAAUAAGAAUGCUAAUUGCAUAUUAAAGUCAGUAUCAUUUUGAAAUAUUUAUCUUUUCAGCAUAUACGAAAACGUAACACGUAA